AUAAAUACUGGAAAAAUAAGGAGUUUUAUUUAGAAGAUUAGAGUCUGUAUAAUGAUGAUCAAGAUAAUGCUUGUUGUACUGUGCAGCCUUUGCUUGCUAUUGAUAAAAUCGGCAGAUUCAUUAAAAUGCAGAACCAAUAUUCAGCAAGCGAACGAUCAAUACCGAAAGAUCAUACAGAUUUGCAAGAAACAAUCAACAACUGAUAAUGAUUACAACGAUGAUUUUUCAUCGAAUGAAGACGAUGAUAAUAAUGACUUUUCAAGCGUAGAUGUGUUUGGUACGAGAUUUUUCAUCGGUGGCAGCAAGUUCUCCAAUAUGCAGCCUUGGAAAGAUCCCAAUGAGAAUUGGAAUCAUGGGACCGAUCAGAGAAAUAAUGACAAUCAACACUAUUCCGUUAAUUAUACAAAUGGAAAUUGGAGAAAUACGCAAUAUCCUAAUCGUGGCAGCAACAAACGUGACUUUAGUUAUUCCAAUGGCAGACCGAGCCAAGUCUAUCAGAGAAACUAUGAUAAACAACAAGAGCAAGCUUGCAUCAGCCAAUGUUUCUUCAAUGAGUUAAAUAUGGUAGAUCAAAGGGGAUUCCCCGAGCAAAUCUCGGUUAUCGAGUUUAUGACGCGCAAUACAUACAAUUCAGAAUUACAGGAUUUUAUAGAAGAAGCUGUCAUAGAAUGUUUUCAUCAUUUGAAUUCAGCUAUAAGACAGAACAAAUGUUAUUUCUCGCAGAAUCUUUUAAUUUGUCUAAUUGAUAAAGGAAAGGAAAAAUGCGAAGAUUGGAAUGAUUAAUAAUACUU